CUAACGCCAAACCGAGAUAUGACGGACUACGAUGAUCGCAGCAGCUGCGCGUCUAACAUGUAUUUACCCAACUGCGCGUACUACGUUUCGGCGCCGGAUUUCUCGUCUGUCUCGUCGUUUUUACCCCAGACCACCUCGUGCCAGGUCAAUUUCCCCUAUUCUUCCAACAUAGCUCAAGUCCAACCUGUUCGAGAAGUGGCUUUCAGGGACUACGGACUGGACCACCCGAGCAAAUGGCAUUACAGGGGCAAUUACGCUUCCUACUACUCGACGGACGAGAUAAUGCACCGAGAUCUUCUCCAGUCAUCGAACAGGGCGGAAAUGAUAUUCAAAAACGACUCCGUGUACGGCCACCACGGCGGCUCGAACCCCGCGUGCAGCUUUUUCACCGGCGUCGGUAGGAACGGAGUACUCCCCCAAGGAUUUGAUCAGUUUUUCGAAACGAUCAAUUGUGAGAAGCCCAGCCCUGAGCAUUCCAGACAAAAGACGGAGUCCGGCGUCCCCGGAGAUGCCGCAUGUCAUAAAGAGUCUCCAGACAGCGCGGAGCAGGGGAAACGAGACCCAGCCGAGACCACGGAGGAGGAAAGCUCACUUUCAACUUGCGGAGAGGACAAGAGCAACGGCCCAAGUGUAAAGUCCAGAAAAAAGAGGUGUCCGUAUUCAAAAUACCAGAUCCGAGAACUUGAACGAGAAUUCUUUUUCAACGUGUACAUAAAUAAAGAGAAACGCCUACAACUGUCAAGAAUGCUAAACCUUACAGACCGACAAGUGAAGAUCUGGUUCCAGAACAGAAGGAUGAAAGAGAAAAAGCUCAACCGAGAUCGCCUCCAGUACUUCACUGGAAACCCUUUAUUCUGAAACCAUGACAUUGUCCACUUUGGCAGACCACGUUCACGGUUCCCAUAGUGUCACUAUUAUGAGCGUUGUUGGGACAUUAUGCAUUAUGCAUUCAAUCGAAAAAGACACGCAAGCUAAACAAAAAAAAUAAAACGUUUAAAAAAUCUACAUAGGUCUGAUGUAUAUUUUUAACUAUGCAAAGCUUUUGGUAAAAGAACAUUGAACCCUUACCUCAGUGGAGAUGGUUUGGCGGAUGGACAUUGACAUUCUACAACAGAAGGGUACCUCGACAAUCUUUUCAUACUCUGCUGUUUUAACAGUGAACGCCACUGAAAUGUAACCGCAUUGUAUAUCUAUUUAUUUAUUGCAAUUUACAUGGUACAUUGAAGGCUACGUAAGUCACAUCCAUUGCAGUAAGCAGCAAAUAAUUUUGAUUACAGUAUUCAGUACGUCUUACAAUUAUAAUUUCCAUUAUAGUAGAAUUGUGUAUGCAUUUGUUUGAUAGCAGCAUGUGAUGUACUGGUGUAUUAAAUAAACUUAAAUACUACAAUUUUUCCUUGAA